AUGGCGGACUCGUGCCGGAACCUCACGUACGUGCGGGACUCGGUGGGCCCGGCCACCAGCGCCCUCAUGUUCGUGGCGGGCGUGGCGGGCAACGCGCUGGCGCUGGGCAUCCUGGGCGCGCGGCGGCGCGCGCGGGCGCGGCCGUCGGCCUUCGCCGUGCUGGUCACCGGGCUGGCGGCCACCGACCUGCUGGGCACGUGCUGCCUGAGCCCCGCCGUGUUCGCCGCCUACGCGCGCAACAGCUCGCUGCUGGGCCUGGCGCGCGGCCGGCCGGCGCUGUGCGACGCCUUCGCCUUCGCCAUGACCUUCUUCGGCCUGGCGUCCACGCUCAUCCUGUGCGCCAUGGCGGUGGAGCGCUGCCUGGCGCUCAGCCACCCGUACCGCUACGCGCGGCUGGACGCGCCCCGCUGCGCCCGCCGCGCCCUGCCCGCCGCCUACGCCUUCUGCGCCGCCUUCUGCGCGCCGCCGCUGCUCGGCCUGGGCCGCCACCAGCAGUACUGCCCGGGCAGCUGGUGCUUCGUCCGCCUGCGCGCCCCCGCGCCCGCCGGCUGCGCCUACUCGCUGGCCUACGCCGGCCUCGUGGCGCUGCUGCUGGCCGCCAUCGUGCUGUGCAACGCCUCGGCCACGCUCAGCCUGUGCCGCAUGCACCGCCAGCAGCGCCGCCACCAGGGCGCGCUGGCCCCGGGCCCCGGGCGCGAGGACGAGCUGGGCCACCUGGUCCUGCUGGGCCUCAUGACGGGCAUCAUGGCCGUGUGCUCCCUGCCACUCACGAUCCGUGGCUUCACCCAGGCCAUCGCCCCCGACAGCAGCGAGAUGGGGGACCUCCUUGCCUUCCGCUUCUACGCCUUCAACCCCAUCCUGGACCCCUGGGUGUUCAUCCUCUUCCGCAAGGCCGUCUUCCAGCGCCUGCGGCUCUGGCUGUGCCGCCUGCGCCCCCGGCCGGCCCGCGGCCGCCCCCCGCACCCCCUCUCCCAGCACCCCGGCUCCCAGCCCGCCCCCGGCGGGAAGGACCCCGGGGGGAAGGAGGGCAGCCCGGUGCUGCUGCCGGCCUGGGGCGAGGCCCAGCGGCCGGGCGGCGCCCUGGACACGGGAACGCUGUCCAAAGAGGAGGCCUCAGCCGCCUGCUCGCUCUGCUGA